UGUGGAAGGCGGGAAGUUUCUCGCUGCGGGAACAGCAAAACCCUGAUCCCUUCUUCCUGCUACCCCUUUCCAGGCCACGCCAAAGACGCCCUCAGUCUCGCCCAAAUGCAAGAACAGACCCUGCAGUUGGAGCAGCAAACCAAGCUCAAGGAGUAUGAAGCUGCCAUAGAACAGCUGAAGAGUGAACAGAUACGGGUACAAGCAGAGGAGAGAAGAAAAACACUCACAGAGGAAACAAAACAGCAUCAAGCACGAGCCCAAUAUCAGGACAAGUUGGCAAGGCAGCGCUAUGAUGAGCAGAUGCGACAGCAGCAACUUGCUAAUGAAGAGAAUCUGAGGAAGCAGGAGGAGUCUGUGCAGAAGCAAGAGGCCAUGAGGCGAGCAACUGUAGAGCGAGAGAUGGAGCUGCGGCAUAAAAAUGAAAUGCUGCGUGUUGAGGCUGAAGCCAGAGCCCGAGCCAAGGCCGAGCGAGAGAACGCGGACAUCAUUCGGGAGCAAAUCCGCUUGAAGGCUGCUGAGCAUCGACAGACAGUGUUGGAGUCCCUCAAGACAGCUGGGAUGCUCUUCGGGGAAGGCUUCCGUGCUUUUGUAACGGAUUGGGAUAAAGUUACAGCCACGGUGGCGGGCCUGACCCUGCUAGCAGUGGGUGUUUACUCUGCCAGGAACGCUACCGCUGUAGCGGGGCGAUACAUUGAGGCCCGGCUGGGGAAACCCUCCCUGGUGAGAGAGACCUCGCGCAUCACUGUGCUGGAGGCACUGAAGCACCCCAUUAAGGUUGGAAAGCGUCUUACCAGCAAGGCUCAGGAUGCUCUUGAAGGAGUUGUUCUCAGUCCAAAGUUGGAAGCACGUGUGAGAGACAUUGCCAUAGCAACAAGAAAUACAAAAAAGAACAAAAGCCUAUACAGGAAUAUCCUUAUGUAUGGUCCCCCUGGCACUGGAAAGACGCUCUUUGCUAAGAAAUUAGCUGUGCAUUCGGGCAUGGAUUAUGCCAUCAUGACGGGUGGCGAUGUUGCCCCCAUGGGGCGGGAAGGAGUCACAGCCAUGCACAAGCUCUUCGACUGGGCAAACACCAGCAGGAGAGGUCUUUUACUGUUUGUGGAUGAAGCAGAUGCCUUUCUGCGGAAGAGGGCAACGGAGAAAAUCAGUGAGGACCUCAGAGCAACUUUAAAUGCAUUCCUACACAGAACAGGACAGCAUAGUAACAAAUUUAUGCUCGUUUUAGCAAGCAACCAGCCUGAGCAAUUCGAUUGGGCUAUCAAUGACCGAAUAGAUGAAAUAGUGAAUUUUGAUCUACCCAAGCUAGAAGAACGGGAGCGGCUUGUGAGGAUGUAUUUUGAUAGACAUGUCUUGAAGCCAGCCACAGAGGGUAAACAACGUCUGAAGCUGGCCCAGUUUGACUAUGGGAAGAAGUGCUCGGAGAUUGCCAGGUUGACAGAGGGCAUGUCUGGCCGAGAGAUCUCUCAGCUUGCCGUGGCCUGGCAGGCCGCAGCGUAUGCAUCGGAGGACGGUGUCCUGACAGAGGCCAUGAUCGAUGCCCGGGUGGCUGAUGCCGUGCAGCAACACAGGCAGAAAAUGGACUGGCUGAAAGCAGAGGGUGCUGAAGGAGGCAAAGAGGGCAUCAGGAACUCGCUCCUGCCUUUUCCAUCAGGAUCACCUGUCUUGAAGAGGAGUUGAACCUUGGCCUCUGCUCCACAUCCUGCCAUGUAGCUACUCGGAGCAGAUACAGCAUAGCCUGACCUCAGCAGUGCCCUUGACUACCUUGCUGAGCCACCCUCCUCUGGCAGCAGCUGACAGCACUUUCUACUUAGUCCAUUCUGCUGGUCCUUGGUGCAGAGCUUGCAGAAAUGUGGCCUGAUGAGCCUGCAAGUGUGGGAAAGGAGCAGAAAGCUAUGAGGAUUGUCACCAGUGCCGUCAAAACGGCAGCCUUGGGGAGCACCAGGAAAGAGUGACGUGCUGAGGCUGCAAAUCCCUCUGUGCUCAUGGUGGAUCCUUCCUGCAUCUUUUCCUUGGCACCAAGGGAGAAACUGCAUUUACCCCUGGAAACCCAUUUUAGAAGUUGCCCUUUCUUCAGGACAGAUGUUCCACAGCAGCACUGUGCACUCUGACCCUUGUGCCCCGCUAACACAUCCUCAUUGCCACGUGGGACCGAUGCUGGGAAAGAAUUGCCUUUUAAAUUGAAACUGCCUGUUUAAUGCAAUGCAUCUUUUUACUGCACUGAGCUUAGAUCUUGUCUUCAAGACACCUUGUCAGUGUAGGGGUAGCUGCAUUUCAGCCUCCUGUUGUGCUCGAGCCUUGCUGGCCUUCCCUGUUCUGUUGUUUUCUUUAAAAUUACAUUAUGCUUUGAACCCCCAGGAAGAGAGAGAGAGGGGAGCUGAGCUCCAACAGCCGUGCUAGCACAUUAUGCAAUGGAGCACUGAUCUUCUGUGAUUAAAAUAUCUAACCGUGACUUCCUCCUUGGAUACUCUUCAUCCCGCUUCCCUAACAGUCUCAAUGGUUUGGAGAUGCAAUGAGAGGCAAGGAGGGUAUAGCAGGUUUUGUGUUUAUUCUGUCUUCUCCUCGCCCUUCUGUUGAUGCUGGGAGCUGGGAAGAGGCUCCUGCUGCAGCGAGGGGUGAGAGGCUCUGAGGCUGCUCCCCUUGACGCCGCUCUGGGCUCCCAGGGGGAAGCAGAGGCUUGCAGUGCUUUCAGUGCUUGCAGUUGCUUCCCGCACACUGCAGCCAGGGGGGAACCUGCGCUGGAAAACUCUUGCUCCAGCCUAGGCUGAGCCAAAGCUCUGCAGGGGCUGGUGUCCCCUUGGUGAUGCCUGUUCCCUUCCUUUAAGAGCAUUAAGGGCUUAGUAAGCCUAGGGCACGGAGGCUGCUGCCUGUGCAGCGAGUAAAAGACCCUAUGGUUGAACUCCUCCCUAUCCUACGUGCCCUAUGCUCCAGGUGUUAGGUCCUCUAUUGCCAGGAUCAGAAUGGAUUGCAGCAUCCGAGGGCCUAAAGUGCUUUGGGCACAGCAAAUUCCUCAACCUGCUCUCAAAACAGAAUAUUUAUCCGGUCGCUAAGAGUCCACAUCCACUCGAAUGGGUGGUAGUGGGAAGGGCUGUUUUCCCCUGACACGUUGCUUUUCCUUCCUUCACAUCGUGUGCUUUCCACCAUCGGUUUGCAUCACUGCAAACACUGAUGAAACCAAUUUUCUUUGUGAGUCCCAGCGAUGACCA